AUGUGGAUUGUUGCCGGUGUAAAGUUGCGCCCGGCAGACGCCACUGGCCUCAGGUCGAUGCUGGUGUGGCUGCUGAUCGUCUGCUCGCUGCUGAAGGUGGUCAACGCCAAGCAGUGCCGACAGUUGAACAAAUGUGCGUGCUGCAAACAGAACUGCUGGCAAAACGUCAAGGACACGAUCGUCAGCCUGCUGCCACUGCUGCCGGCGAAGUUUGUCCGCAACGCCAAAACUCGGUCCCAGAACAUGAUGGACCACUGCGUUCAAAGCAUGUGCUCAUCCGUGUGUCCACAACGGACGCUGGACUGA